UGAGCCUCGUGCAUAAUUUGAACUACAUAUAUCAUACCCUACAUCUGGGAACACUUUGUUUAGAAUGCAGACUAGUCGUUUAGGAUGAAAAUGCAAAACUGGAACUCUUACUAUUUAAACAGUAGUGAAACGGACCUAGCACUUCAUCCUGCUUGGCGUUAUAUACCGGUCCAUUAACAGUGAAUGCCACAAAUCUUGUUGCUAUCUCCCUUUACGUAGAAUAUGUAAGAUUUUCCCUUUUAUUCAACCUGUAACAGUGCCGUCGCAUUCUAAAGUCAAAUUUCACAACGUCAAAAAUUCAUUUCAGAUAGUAGGGUCGGACAAAACGACAUCAUUUAGUGACAGCGUCACGAGCAUUUUUCUUCGUAUCACAUCCUACGCUCUUCCUUUUUUCACAUAUAAUCAUCAGCUGUCUAGGAGUAAAAGUUAUUUAAAAAAUGAUGAAAUAUUUUUCUUUUGCUUUUACUUUCCUUAGGACUUUUCGCAUCGAAAGUCAUUCUAAAAUUAUCGCAUUUUGUUUUCUUUCUCUUUCUAUCUCUUUUCAAUUGUCCUCUUCAUAUUGGUUCAAGUGUUAAUUUUCAUUACAGGGUCAUUAUUCUGUUUCUUUGGUGAAUUGAUAACUCAAGUCCUCUCAUUCCUUCUUAACUAUCCAAACUGUCAUGUAGCCCUGACCGAUAUAUACUUUGUUUUCGCUAGAGUUCGGAUGUCACGACAGCUGGGUGGAUACUACAUUUCUCUGUUACCAACCACGAAACCAGGCUUUAAAAGGCCUUCGUCAGGUAGCUCAUAACGCUUAACUAACAUCAGCGUAAGGACAUACGUGUACUUCUUGACUUGCUAGGAUGACAGCAAUGUCUGCCAAACUUCUGACGAUACUUUGGUUCUGUGGUAGUCUUGGCUAUGUGUGUGGAACAGCACCACGCGACGAUGACCUCUUACAGCAAUGAAGCCACAUCGUUACCUCUUUGGACCAGAAAGUCGCAAAAUUGGAGAGUAUGCUUACUGCUAUAGAUUAUAGAAUUAGUCAGCUUGAGAUAAAGCUAGACACUGAAAUGAAGAAGAAAAACUCAGAAAUACUCCAGCUUAGGCAGGACAUGGGGACACUUAAACAAACAACUGACAUGUACAAAUCUGAAUUUAAAGAGAGAAAUGUUGAGAAAGUGGAAUACAAUGUAAAUAAGAAAAGCAAGGCAGAAUUAGCCAGACCAGAAAGAUAUGAGGUGAUAACAAUUCUCAAAGAAGUUAACAUAACGGAAGAAGAAAAUGGAAACAACAACAAAUACAAAGGCCAGAAAAGUAUGGAUGACGAUGAUAGAGUUAACAAUCGCAAUAAAUACACACGUCAGAUACGAAGCCGACACAAACGCGUAGUGUCCACACCACCUAUUGCGUUCCACACGAAGAUGUCAUCAUCUAAGACCAUGUUGACUGGUAACACGUUGAUAUAUGACGAAGAAACACUGGACCAGGGAAAUGGCUACAACCCACGUGACGGGAUAUAUACGGUACCGGUAUCCGGGACUUAUGUUUUCGCCUGGAAAGUUCUCUCCAAAACACAUACUAUUAUCAUUACAUCGCUUGUUGUAAAUGGGGAAGUAAUGGGAAGUUCCGAUUCCGAUUCAGAAGACAUCACUGAUUAUCACCAGUCGACCGCGAUGGUUGUAGUUCCAUUAAUCCAGGGUGAUCAUGUGUUCAUACGGAUUACACGUAUUAACAGUAAUGGAGGCCUUGUCAGCGAUAACGGUCAUGGCAAAGCAACAUUUUUAGGGUGGAAACUUUGAAAAUAGGGUGCCCUUGAUCAUAAAAGUGUGUUGUAUGUUGUCUGCGCGCUACCUUACUUCAUAUUGUAAAAUCUUGAUGUAUCUUGAUAACAUUUCCACAAGGGAAUACCUCGGGUAAUGAACCACGGUAAAUAUCAAGUUUUCUCGCUUAACUCGACUAGAGAUUUCUUAUUAUUUUCUAUAAAAUAUCUCUAUUGAACGUAUUGUUGACAAACUAUCUUAAUUAUAGAUAUCACAGUUGUGAAAAAAAUAAUGGGGAACUACUGAUUUUACUCUGUUUUAAUGAGAUGAUGGAGCGACAUAAAGUCCUCUAAGGUGAAAUUGAAGCACCCCUUGGAAAUUCUACUCGCUUCAACAACAUUUCAGUCCAUUUCCCACUAAAUCAUCCAAUGUGGGUGCGUCAGUCCAUUACUGCACUAAAUUGUUCAAUGAAAAGGCAAUAAAGAAGUAUAUUUCUAUGUACUAAAUUCAUUACAAUAAAAUAUUUCAUCAAUUAAAACUGUAGUUGAUAU